CCGGGCUCCAUUCACUGAGACCCCACCAGCCGUCGCAGAGACGCUAUACCGUCAGAUUACUGCUCUAACCACGGCGUGACAGACACGAAGAUCACUGAAUAACAGUGGUCUUAUGUGUAGCUCUGCUCUGAGUUUAUUACGCUGUGAGUAGUGAGAUGGAUGAACCUCUGGUAGACUGCCACUGCCACCUGUCAGCUAACGAGUUCCUCCAGGACAUGAAUGAUGUUGUUGAAAGAGCAAAACAGGCUGGGGUGAAAGCACUUAUUGCGGUUACAGAAGGAGCCAGUGAGUUUGAAAGUGUAAUUCAGUUAUCAAAGGCCUACCAAGGCCUUAUAUUUCCAUGUUUUGGGAUUCACCCACUUCAAGGUUGUCAGCAGGACCUACACAGUGUGAGAAUUCAGGAUUUGGAGCCAGUUCUUCCUUUAUUCCAAGUGUUUAGAGGCGACCUAGUUGCUGUGGGUGAGAUUGGACUUGACUUUACCCCAUGGUAUGCACCCACUGUUCAGGAACGCAAUGAGCAGUUAACGGUCUUUAAAAAGCAACUGGAAGUAUCCAAAGAGCUGGAUUUACCUGUGAAUGUGCAUUCUCGCUCCGCUGCCAAGGUCACCAUGACCACAAUGAAGGAGCAAGGAAUUAGACAUGCACUGUUACAUAAUUUUGCCGGGAGGCCAUCGGUGGCAAUGGAGGGGCUUCAGGCUGGAUACUACUUUUCCUUUCCCCCUGCAGUCAGCAGAAAUGAUCAGAGAGACAAACUAAUCAAACAGAUUCCACUGGAACGUAUCUGCCUGGAGACAGACUCACCAGCCCUGGGACCCGAAAAACAAGUGAGGAAUGAGCCUAAAAAUAUCACCAUUUCUUUGGAGCACAUUGCAAAAGUAAAGGGAAUAUCUACAGAGAUUGUUGCUGAGAUCACCACAAAAAAUGCCCUAUGUUUAUUUUCUAGGUUAAACUUGUAGUUUUUGAUUUCUGUUACUUUUUAACUAUAAUGUCAAUGAAACUGGGAGCUCAAUGUACAGAUAUUUUUGUAUUUGUGUUCUUUGACAAAGCAUUUUAAAAGAAACAAUGUACAACCAUUUUAAAAUCACACAGUUUAAUGGUGCUUAUCCACAUGGUUCAGCAUGCUUUCUGGACCUUGAUUGCUGCUGUUCACAUGAGAUGAACUUUAUCUGUAAAAAAAAGUAAAAAAAAAAAAAAAAAAGUAAUGUUUUACUAGGUAGUGGGUUGAUUUAAUGUGAAAAGUUUUAAACUUACCAGAAUCAUAUACAAUUGCUAUGGAUUGACACUUUGGAAAAAUCAAAAGGUGGAUUUUGUAUGUUUACAAAGUCAAUCAUUAAUGACAUUUAAAUGUAUGAGACUAGAUUUAAUCUGCAUCUAGGCAAGAGGAUUAUAGAAUUGUGCAGUUGUACCCAUAACUGCAAUAUUAUCUGAUGGCUUUUUACCAUAAGACUACCAAUAAACUUUUCCAUGUAUCAGGUAAUGACCUACUUAAAAAACUACAACCAGAGCUUUUUCAAAAGAAAAUAUAUAUUUAAAAGGGAAUAGCUGUUAUUCAAAAGUGUAAAAGUAAAACUUUACACUUUACUUUUAAAUUCUUUACAACAGUGGCGAUAUAAACCAGGGUUUGGACAUAUUGUUACUUAUAUACUAAUAUAAACAUCAGUGAACCUAAUAAUUUGGGUAAUAUUUCCUCAUCAGCUGGGCUGUAUUUCCCCAAAGCAUCUUAGCAAAAGGUGACUUUUAAAUGGUAAAGUGAGCACCACACUGUAUACUGUCUUUACCAGAUAAGAUGCUUUUGAGAAACUGGGCCCUUAAUGUACGUUUUUUCCACAUCAAACCACUUUAAAGGACUUACGAUUUUUGUUUAGCUCUACUUUAUACUAUAAUAGAAGGCUAACAGUGUUUCACUGUGAUUACAGUGAAACACUGUUAUACAUUAUUAGUGACAAUAAGGGCAGUACACAAAAAAUACAGCAUGUACAGGAAAGAAGUGUUUGCCCUCUUCGUGAUUGAUUUUUUGCAUGUUUAUUGGUCUUAAAUGUUUUAGAUCAUCAAACUAAUUUAAAGUAAUUUUUUAGUAAAAGACAACACAAGUAAACACAAAACAAAAGUUUUAAAAGUUUUCUUUAUUAAGGGAGAACCCCUUGAGUUAUAGCUUUAAAUGUUGUUUAUCACACCUGAGUUCAAUUUCUUUAGCCACACAAAAGCUUAGCAGAACAAAAGAUACUCAAAAGCUACACAUCAUGCCAACAUUCAAAGAAAUCAGGAACAAAAUUAAAAGAAAGUAAUUGAGAUCUAUCAGUCUGAAAAAGGUUAUAAAGCCAAUUUUAAGUUUUGGGACUCCAGUAAACCACAGUGAGAGCCAUUAUCCACAAAUGGCGAAAGUGUGGACCAGAGAUGAACCUUCCCAGGAGUGGCCAGCCGACCAAAAUAACACCAAAUGCACCGCAACAUUUUAUCCAAGAGGUCACAAAAGACCCCACAACAACAUCCAGAAAACUGCAGGCCUUAUUGUCCUCAGUUAAGGUCAGCAUUUAUGACUUUUGGGAAAAAAUACUCUGUGGACUGACGAGACAAACUUGUAACUUUUUGAAAUGUGUGUCCCAUUACAUCUGGAGUAAAAGUAACACCGCAUUUCAGAAAAAUAAAAUCAUACCUUCAGUAAAA